AUGGCACAGAAGUUGGCGUCUGCUUUCGCGCGAUGCAAGGCGAGCAACAGGACGGCGUUUGUAGGAUAUCUCACUGCCGGUUUCUUUGAGAAGGACGACACCAUCCCUCUCAUGCUUGCGCUGGAGGAGGGAGGCGCUGACGUCAUCGAGUGCGGCGUCCCCUUUACUGACCCCAUGGCGGACGGCACAACCAUCCAGAAGGCCAAUGAGGUUGCCAUCGCUAAUGGCGUGGUGGGGACCAAGGGAUGUAUCGACAUGGUCAAGGAAGCGCGCAAGAAAGGUCUCAAGGUUCCUGUCGUGCUCAUGGGAUACUACAAUCCUUUCUUCAUGUAUCCUGGAGGUAUGGAACAACUCGGGAAAGAUUGUCAGGAAGCGGAAGUGAAUGGAUUCAUCAUGGUCGAUCUUCCAGUGGAAGAAGCAGGAGAGGUGUUGACCAUGUGCCGGAAGUACGACCUCAGCUUCGUCCCCCUCCUCGCUCCGACAAGCACUGAUGAGAGGAUCGAGAAGUUGGCAAAGACUGCAUCCUCGUGGAUUUAUGCUGUUUCCGUCACUGGCGUCACUGGCGCUCGUUCCGAUUUGUCAGCUGAUCUCCCCUCCUUUCUCGCCAGGAUCAGGAAGCACACGGACGUUCCUGUUGCCGUUGGCUUCGGAGUCUCCAAGAGAGAGCAUGUUCUGCAGCUUGGCAAGCUUGGUGCUGACGGAGCUGUCGUUGGCUCUGCGAUCAUCAAUGCCAUCCAGAACGCCAAGAACAGUGAGGAUCGUGUGGUGCAGUACGCCUUUGGAGAGUUCGGAGGAAGGUACAUCCCCGAGACGCUUGUAGAGGCGCAUGAAGAUCUCGAGAAGCGCUACAACGAGGCCAUCAAUGACCCAGAGUUCCUCAAGGAGGUCGACAGAUAUCGCAGAGAGUACAUCGGAGGACCCACCCCCCUCUACUUCGCCAAGAACCUCACUGAGAAGAUGGGAGGAGCUCAGAUUUGGCUCAAGCGCGAGUGCCUCGCUCACACUGGAGCCCACAAGAUCAACAACGCUUUGGGACAGGCUCUCCUCGCCAAGCGUCUGGGCAAGGAAAGGAUCAUCUGUGAGACCGGAGCAGGACAGCAUGGCGUUGCCACCGCGACUGCCUGCGCGCUUCUUGGCAUGAAGUGUGUGGUGUACAUGGGAGCAGAGGACUGCAGGAGGCAGUCGCUCAACGUCUUCCGCAUCAAGAUGCUCGGAGCUGAAGUUGUUCCUGUCAAGACCGGCUCUGAGACCCUCAAGGAUGCCAUCAACGAGGCCAUGCGCGACUGGGUCACCAACGUGAGGGACACUCACUACAUCAUCGGCUCAGCCAUCGGCCCCCAUCCCUUCCCCACCAUCGUCCGCGACUUCCAGUCCGUCAUCGGUAAGGAGGCGCGAGCUCAGAUGCUCGAGAAGGUUGGGCGACUUCCCGACGCCAUCGUCGCCUGUGUGGGAGGAGGUUCCAACGCCAUCGGCCUCUUCCAUCCCUUCGUGAAUGACAAGUCCGUCAAGAUCUACGGGGUGGAGGCAGGAGGAGAGAAAGGUCUUGAAGGCAAGCACUCAGCCACUCUCUCUGCUGGCCGUCCGGGAGUUCUCCACGGCACUCGCACCUACUUGCUCCAGGAUGACGAAGGGCAGAUCCAAGAAACCCACAGUAUCUCGGCAGGCCUUGACUAUCCUGGUGUCGGUCCUGAGCACGCCUUCCUCAAGGACAGCGGACGCGCUGAGUAUGGCGUCGUCACCGACUCGCAAGCGCUCGAAGCUAUGCAGACCCUGUCCAAGUGUGAGGGGAUCAUCCCGGCCCUCGAGCCUUCACACGCCAUCUACUACGGCAUGCAGCUCGCCAAGAAGAUGAAGAGCGACGAGAUCGUCCUCAUCAACUGCUGCGGCCGUGGCGACAAGGACAUGAUCACGGUUGCAAAGGCGCUCGGCCAUGAGGUCGACAUGAGCAGUGAGGGGCAGGAGAUGGGCCGUGAGAACAAGAAGCAGAAGAUCUGAGGUGCUUGUCUUGCUCCGGGUCAAUAAAUCCUACUGUCACGUCCU